CCUCAGCUCACCCUUUGCGCGAACGUGUCACCGACGCUGCAGGGCCGCUCACCAAGAUGGCUGCGUUCCUGCGAGCUCGUAAAUAUGUCUGCUGUGUGGUUCGUUUCUCCGACCGUGAACUGUAAACGGGACCGGUGAGCACCUGCGAAGAUAACAAGAAAGAGUCCUAUUGGCCAAAGUGUCAUGGCUGAUGAAAAUGCUGAUAUUGGAGGUACGUUAGAGGAUGAAGAUGACAGUUCAGAUGACCCAAACCUUCAGCUGGAACUCAAUGUGUUCAGAGCUCAGUGGAUGUCUGAACUCAAGCCGAGCCCUGGAACGAGUGACCGACUGCAGAGGGCAAGAGGUGUGAAGAGGACUCAAGACAUUGCUCGAGAGCAAAAAGCUACAGAGCUGUUUCUGAGAGCUGUCCAGGAAGAGCAGAAUGGGGCUGUCUACGAAGCUAUCAAGUUCUAUCGCAUGGCUAUGCAGCUAGACCCUGACAUCGAGUUUAAAAUCAACUACAGCCGUCCUCCUGACGCAGACAGAGGUGGAGGAAAUUACAUGGAGGACAGUGACACUGAUGGGGAGAUUGAGGAUUUGCUCACCUACUUUGGGCAGCAACUCACUCUGGAGAGCUCCUUUCCAAAGAUCUGCACUCCUGAGCUUGAAGCGACUCAGACGCACAUUUCAGCCUUGCCACGGGAAAUCCUGAUGUACAUAUUUCGCUGGGUUGUGUCGAGCGAACUGGACAUGCGGGCCCUGGAGCAGCUGUCUUUGGUCUGCCGGGGGUUCUACAUUUCUGCCAGGGACCCUGAGAUUUGGCGUUCUGCUUGUUUGAGAGUUUGGGGACGAAACUGCACCAAAGUAGUGCCCUUCAAGACCUGGAGGGAAAUGUUCCUGCAGAGGCCACGUGUCCGGUUUGAUGGUGUUUACAUCAGCAAGACAUCGUACAUCCGUCAAGGAGAGGAGUCCUUGGACGGAUUCUACAGAGCUUGGCAUCACGUUGAGUACUACAGGUACCUCCGGUUCUUCCCCGAUGGCUUCGUCCUGAUGCUCACCACCCCCGAUGACCCUUUGUCAAUCGUUCCCCGCUUGCGUACGAGGAACAUCAGAAUGGAUUCUGUUCUGCUCGGUCAUUUCCGUCUUUCACAAGAGACGGACAACCAAACCAAAGUCUUUGCUGUCGUCUGCAAGAAAAAGGAGGAUAAAGCGACCGAGUUUCAAAGAAAUCGGUUCUGCAGGCGGAACCAGGCUCCUGAGGCUGAGCACGCCUUCCAUGUGGGGCUGCAUCUGACCUCCAGAGGGCGUCAGAGUUUCAGUAAGCUUGUGUGGAUCCACCACUCCUGCCACAUCACUUACAAGUUGACUGGGGAAACUGUCAUCACAACAUUUGACCUCGACAAGAUGUACGCGCCCUUCUUCUUUGCACGAGUGAAGAGCUACACCGCUUUCUCCGAGCAGCCACUGUAAGGAGCAGAUACAGCCGUGCAUGAUCCCGUGAAAAUCGCAGAAGCAGCUAACUCGCCGUCUAAAUAAAAACAAAUCGUCCUCAGUCUGUGCAGUUUGUGCUGUAGCAGGAUUAUGGUGUCACCUCUAUCGCCCUCGUGUUUCCCCACACGCCAGCGUGUUUUGUUUCAGGUUUGCCUGUUAGGAUGCUGCUUAUUUUCUGAUAAUCAGAAAUUACAGUGAUUUGCUGAAAGCUACACUGAUUAGCAACCUUCCCCAGCUGUUUCAAGCAACGAAUGUGAUUAUUUUUGUUUCUGUUUCAUCGUGCACUUUCUUCCUCAAAUAAAUGAGAUGAAAAUAAAAAA